AUGGAUCCUCAAGAAAAUUACGAAUUUUUAAAUAAAAGAAAAAGUUAAAUGAAAAAAUGUUUACAAAAAGAUAGCCAGCUAGAUGUUUUGAACAUGAGGAUUGAAGAGUCAUGUCAAAGUGAGCUAGAUUAAAUACCUACUGAUGUGAUUCCAUGUAAGAAUAUUUAAACUCAAUAAAUGUCUAAUACGACUUCUCAAUAUGAUGAGUAGAAUUUUACAGUUUUUUUAAAUGACAACUUUAAUGAAACUAAAUAUAAAAGUCAUAGCACUAAAUUUACACAUUUCAAACCUAAUCUGCUACUCAAUAGUAGUAGCAAACCUAUGAACUAAGUAGAUUUUUAAAAAGUAGACAAUACAAAAUGUAAAAUUUUAAAUAGAAAUAAUCAAAAUGAUGAUGAUAGAGUUUAAGAUAAUUAUUAUCUAGGAAAUGGUAAGUCAAAAGAAUUAGUUACUUUGUCUAAUAUAAAGAAUAAAAUGAAGAAAUAUUUUAGAGAAAAAACCUAUGUGGGAAAAAGUUUUAAUCUAUAAAAUCCAAAGUUGAGGUAGCAAAUUAAUGACAAGAGUGAUAUUAUUGAGGAAUAAGAUAACAUUUUUUAACAAUAUUGCGGUUUUAUGGACUCCUUAACAGAAUUACUUUACUAAAAAAUAAAUAACUUACCAUUAUUUAAUCCACAGAGCUAUCUAAAAUUUGGAUUAGAUAUUGUUUUUUCUUUAAUAAAUUGUUUCUUUUUCUUCUACUCUUCAAUUUUAAUAGUCUUCCAAGUUAACUUAGAAUUCGAAUCAUAGAUUUACAACACAAUGUACUUAAUAUGGACUUUAUAAAUAAUUUUUAUAGUAGCUCAUAUUAUUGCAUGUCUUUGGUUUUUGGUAGGAUAUAUAGAGUUAGAAUAUUUAGGAGAAGAAAAAACUUGGUUUGAUGAAAGUAUAGCUGCAUCAGAUAGAAAUUGGGUAAAGCUAUAUAUUUGUUCUCUAUAUUGGUCACUGACCUUGAUGACAACAGGAUCUAACGAAGCUGAUACAGUAUUACAAAUUUCAUUUACUUCAUUCAUUAUGCUUUUUACAACCAUCAUAUUUGGUUAUCUAUUGAAUAUAAUUGGAAUCGUUCUUACUGAAUUUGAUUAAGAAGAAGAAAAUUAAAGAAGAGACAUUAAUCGAAUUAAUUAAUACAUGAGAAAAAGAUCAAUUAGCAAAAAUCUAUAAAGAGGAAUAAAUUUAGACUUAGAAUAUUAUUACCACCAUAACUUCAAAAAGGAUGAUGAUUAAAAUUAAACUGUACUUUCUAAAAUUUCAGUAAAUCUGCUAUAGGAAUUAAAAAAAGAGUAUUUUGGAAAAUUUUUGAAUUAAAUAGAUGUAAUUUAUAAGAAUUUUAGCUAAGAUACUCAGUAAAAGUUAUUACUUUACUUAGAGGAGUAGAACUAUUUGCCAGGAUAAGUGAUUAAUAAUUAUUAAAACUAGGAUGAAAGCAGAUUGAUUUAUAUCAUAGAAGGCAAAGUUGAGAUAGUUAGAUCAUAUUCAGAUGGUUCAGACAUUGAAUUUGUAAUAGAUUCUUUUGGUAAAAAUAAAGUUAUUGGCUAAAUAGCAUUUUUCCAAGGUAGGCAGGAUGGAAUUACGAUUAAAGCAGUUGAUUUUACUUAAGUUAUUUCUAUCCCCAGAAAUAAAUUCUUAGAAAUAGUGAAGUAAAAUGAUUUGGAUCUUCAAAACUUUUGCAGAAUUAAGGAUAAAAUAUCAUUUUACUAAGAUUUUGAAGAUAUAAAAAUUAAAUGUGAGAAUUGCAAUAGCUUUAAUCAUCAAUAAUAUGAGUGCACAUUGCUUCACAUAGAUAAAUAAACUGAAAAAGUAAUCGCAAAUUAUAAUUACCACUUAGCAUAAUUUAGAUAAAAUUACAGCCGCAAAUCAAAAUUUUAGAGCAAUGCUUUAAUCACUCAAUAAUAAACUUAAAAUAUAUGCAAAUAUAUUUGUAAUGAAUGCGAUUUUUAAGAAGCUUUGGUAACUUCUACUUAAUUAAAAAACUCAGGAAGUAUCAAUGAAGGCUUAGCUGUUAGUGAAUAAGAAUUUGAUCCCCUAAGCAAUAAUAUGAAAACACUCAGAUCACAUUCUUAAAUAAACUAUGAAGAGGAGGAAAACAAACCUCAUAGCUAAGAUAUAAUAAAAAAAAAGGGAAAAGGAAUAAUUAUAAAAAAAAACUCAUAAUAAAUUUUCUUAAAUUUAGACACAUAGGUAUCGAAUUGUUUACAAGAUGAAUGUGAUGGAUCUCAAAAAUCAAUAAAGGAUAAAUUACAUAAAGAAACAAGUAUUGUAAGUAAAAUGUUAGAUGGAUCUACACCACAAACUGCUUAUCAUAGUUAAAAUACAUAGCUAACUUUCAAAAAUUUUUUAAAAGAAAUUACUUAAUAGUGUUUAAAGAAACUAUCUAGAUUAGAAAAUAUAAUAAAAGUAUUACCAGGCUAAUAGAUUGUUUUAGGAAAAUAAUAGAAUCAAAGUUCUCGUAGUGACAUAGUUUAAAGUGUAGGUACUGAUAAAAUAAUAUGGGAAUUCGAUCAAAAGAAAGACUACACAAUAUACUUUCCUCACGGUAACUCUGAUAAGAUUAUUUUUACUUUUAACUAAAAGUUAAAAAAAAAUACUUUAAAGUCUUUAAAAAGAAAAAAGAAGUGA